UACAAGCCUUCUCUAUGCAAUUACUUGGAGCAUCAGAACAAUCCUAACGUACAUAUCCAGAGUACUAAGAAUAUAUUCGAUUUCUUUGAGAGCUUCGAGAAAGCUCUCAAAAAAACCUUUAAUAAUCCUAACGAAGAAUGCAUUACAGCUCAGCAGCUUAUGGAUCUCAGAUAG